UGCUGAGCUAAGCUCUUAUUGCCUGUGUGGGCCCAGGGCAGCCUCACUCCUCAGCAACCCACCUGCUCGGCUGUGUGUUUGGAACCGACUCCCCUCUCUCAACAAACGGAACUGGACGUCUGAGCAGCGAGAUGGCGAGCACCUUCACUCGAAUGCUGUCCAGCCGCAACACGGCUGCGCUUGUGGCCACCCUGGGGGCGGGCACCUUGGCGUCUGGUUACCUGCUGAGCGAAUCCGGAAUCUCCGCUGCGGAUAAGAAGAAGCUCUACCCGCCUAGUGCUGACUACCCAGAUCUGCGCAAGCACAAUAACUGCAUGGCAUCUGCUCUGACCCCUGCCAUUUACUCUCACCUGAGAGACAAGGAGACCCCAAACAACUGGACCUUGGACCAGUGCAUCCAGACUGGGGUGGACAACCCUGGGCACCCCUUCAUCAAGACCGUGGGCAUGGUGGCUGGCGAUGAGGAGAGCUACGAGGUGUUUGCUGACAUCUUUAACCCAGUCAUUAAGGAUAGACACAAUGGCUACGACCCAAAGAUCAUGAAGCACCCUACGGAUCUGGACAGCUCAAAGAUCACCUCCGGGGUGUUCGACGAUAAGUACGUGCUGUCAUCCCGCGUGCGCACGGGCCGCAGCAUCCGCGGCCUCAUGCUGCCGCCAGCCUGCACACGUGCCGAGCGCCGCGAGGUGGAGCGCGUCGCUGUCCAGGCAUUGGCCGGGCUCAAGGGAGACCUGUCGGGUAGAUACUACAGCCUGACUGACAUGACCGAGAAGGAACAACAGCAGCUGAUUGAUGAUCACUUCCUGUUUGACAAGCCUAUCUCACCCUUGCUGACUUGUGCAGGGAUGGCUCGUGACUGGCCUGAUGCCAGGGGAAUCUGGCACAACAAUGAGAAGACAUUCUUAAUCUGGAUCAAUGAAGAGGACCAUACCCGCGUCAUCUCCAUGGAGAAGGGCGGUAACAUGAAGAGGGUCUUUGACAGAUUCUGCAGAGGACUGAAAGAAGUCGAGAGGCUAAUUCAUGAACGAGGGUGGGAGUUUAUGUGGAAUGAACACCUGGGCUACAUCCUGACGUGCCCCUCCAACCUAGGCACUGGCCUGAGGGCAGGAGUUCACGUCCGCCUGCCCCUUCUCAGCAAGGACCCACGUUUCUCUAAAAUCCUGGAUAAUCUCAGACUGCAGAAACGCGGCACAGGUGGUGUGGACACUGCCGCCGUGGGGGACGUUUUUGACAUCUCCAACCUCGACCGUCUGGGCAUGUCUGAGGUUGAGCUCGUUCAAAUAGUGAUCGACGGUGUCCACUAUCUGAUCGAUUGUGAGAAGAAACUGGAGAAGGGCCAAGACAUCAAAGUUCCAGCACCCAUUGCCCAGUUCAGGAAAUGAGCAGUAGUGAGGGAGAGUGUCUAUCUGGGCACUAGGCUGAUGAGAAACCCUCAGACCCUGCCAGUCUCCAUUACCCCUGCAGAUUUGACUGGAAAUCGUUAUUCAAUAAAUUAUUCUAAUAAAACCA